UGGAUGGCGCUUCUGUUGCUGCUGCUGCUGUGUGUGUGUGUGUGAGUGUGUGUGUGUGAGUGUGUGUACAGUGGGAGCGCGUUUGGCAGCCAAAAGUUUGCCGAGCGCAGGCAGGAAAGUUCGCUACUGCAGUGAGAGCGGAGCCGUGAUUCCAAACUUCUGUUGUCACAUGGAUUUCCAGCGGAAACAUGCGCGCAGCCGACUCCAACUAACGGGGAUUCACGCAGUGUUCUGUGGAUGUUUCUGAGUGGGAGUCCGCCUCUGCCUCCAUGGACUCCGGGAUCUCUUAUCAUUGACUUGGACUGAAAAGUUUGAACUGCAUGGUUCCUGACUCUGCACGUCAGAGCAACAGCAUGGCUUCGAUGUAGCGACGCCGCUACUGGGAAAACGCAAUGCACUCCCCCCGUGAUAAGGACCUGGCUCUUUUAUCUCGGAAGCACCGACUCAUGGCUGCAGUUAUGCCCGGCGAGGAGAGCCCGUUCCCCGGCACUAUUCCCAGUCGCGAUCGGAACGGAUUGGUGGGACUCGUUCACUGUUUCAUAUGUGGGAGCGGAGUCACAGCCGGCAAGGAACUGAGGCUGCAAGUGACAUAUCACAAGGACAAGGUUCCGUUUUUCCCCUUCCUACAGAACCAGGAGCCAGCCCCGGGUGCGUGUGAAGUGAGCCCGGAUGGACACGCGCUGGUGUGCGCCGUGUGCCACUGCUUCCUGACGGAGCAAUGGAACUCCUUCGAGCGGAGCAGGACGCCCAUUGAGAAGCGCAUGUACUGGCUGAAACGGCCGUACCAGUACGACUCUCGGCGGGUCACGCAGGAGUGGAACAUUUCCUACGACCUGGAGAGGAGACUCGGUUCCGGCGGCCAGAACUACGACGGGGGCGCAGAGUCGGAUUUCUCCUCUUUCUCUGAAAACGAGAACAUGUCAGACCAGGAGCUGGACGUGGUCAGUAAAGAUAAGUGUGUGAGGGGAUCAGGGGGAUCAGCAGCAGCUGGCAAGUCGCCGAGAGAGAGUGUCAGGAAAAACAGUGUCAUCAGUGUUAAAAACAGCCCGGAUUCUCAGCGGGCCGUGCGGUACCAGGUGGGCGUUUAUGGGGCGCAGAGAUCGCCCAAAUCGGAAAGUGUUUACCCGGCGAGGCGCGGGGGGAAAAUCCAGAACAACAAUAUUUGUCAAUCUUCAGAGUCUCUGGCAAAGGGCCAGGAGAGGUUCCCUCCGCGGUGCUAUGACGCUGCUCUCCCUGAAACACCUGUACAGGACAACGGUGUGAUUAUGCGCAACAGGCGCUGGUUGGAGGAAGGGAAUGUCAGACAUGCGGAGAUUCCGCGUCAGAUUCAGCGUGUGGCCGACAGCAGCUGUGCUCCGAGCCGGCAUCUAUCACUGAUGUGCAGAGGAGCAGGAGGAGUCAACAUCAGCCAGACUGCUGCUGCUGCUGCUGCUGCUGCUGCUGCUAAGAGCUCCACAACAGUUCCCACGGACGAGCACUCUGACUCUGAGGAAGAUGAGAUCAACAUCACCAGUGACGGUGUGGAUGAUGACAGCAGAGGCCUGUACGGCCCAGCAAAGAGACAUGUCAGUGUUGAUCCCAGGUCAGAGGAGUGUGUGUGCUACAUCUGUGGCAGUGGUCUCAGACACCAUGAGUGUUUCACAGUCAGCGUCCAGAAACAGGAGAAGGCACAAGGUGAGCCCUUCUUCCCCUUCCUGUGGCUCCACAGCCCACCUCGAGGUGCGGCGCCCAUCAAUUUGGCUGGUACCACUGUGGUAUGUGGAAGCUGCCACAGUUCCCUCAUGCAGCAGUGGCAGAGUUUUCAACUCGCCGACGUCCCCGUCCUCCAGCGUCUCUACGUUGUCCCCCUUAAUCAGAACAGCCGUACUCCACAACUCGUCCCCCGGGAACAAAAACCUCCAGAGGCGGUGGAGCAGCCACAGAGACCAGAGGCCUCACGUGAAGCCUGUUAUCUGUGCGGUCAGGAGUGCAGAGGAGAAACCAAAGUGGCCUACGCACAGGCCGGCGUCGGCAAAUCCCGCGGUGUGAUGUAUUUUCCUUUCAUCAACUUGUUGCCCCGUCCACCCAACGCCCAGGAGCUGAGCAACGGUCGUGUAAACUGCUGUCCCCACUGUCAUCUCCUCCUGGAGGAGAUCUGGAGUGCCUACAGACUCAGCCUGAGUGAGGAGCUCAUCACGUCUGUCAGCCCCUUCCUGGUCAGGUACCACGCCACGGUGACCAGUGACGGGUCAGAACCGGGCCAUUCCCACCCGGGUGUGGUUUCCCGCUCUGGGACGUCCAUGUCGGUGUGCUACCUUUGUGGAUCGGAGUUGUUCGCUGGAGAGGAGCACCAGCUGCACGUCAACCCUCCGGGCCGCUGCGGGGAGAGGGAGCCUUUCUUCCCGUUUCUCACCGUUCACCCUCCUGCUCCUCGGGCCAAACCUGUGGAUGCUACGGGCCUGGUGUCGGCGUGUAACCUGUGCUACCACGACCUGCAUGCCCAGUGGGCCCUGCACGAGAGCAACGGCCAGAGCGUCUCCACGCCCUCUACCUCUACCGUACACGGGGUCAGCCCUCAGCUGCCCAGCUCUCCCUGGGCCCGGCAGUACAGCUGCGAGGCGUUCGUGUGCUUCUUCUGCAGGCAGGAGCAGCGGCGGCAGGGUAGGAUGUGCGCCGUGACCAUGGCCCGGCUGCCCGUGUUCCUGUACGCCCCUCGCAGCUCAGGCACGCUCUUGGUGGAUAACGGGAAGAGGCUUGUGAUUGGAUCGUGUGUGGAAUGUAAAGCCAUGGUGCAGGUGGGGCAGAGGAUGCAGCAGGAGAAGGAGAGACAAGGACAGGGAUCAUCAGACGAGGACAGGAGAGGACGGCGGUCGGCCUCACCGGGACCCAGACACAAGGCUGGUGCUGUGAGUGAGGGUCCGUCUGGAACCAGUAAAGAGGACGAAUCAGGUUCUGGAUCCUCCCAACCACCAGGGGACCACACCCCUCCUCGUCCCGUCAACACAGCCCUAGAAAAGACCGAAAACCCAGCGCCCGGCAUGAGCCAUGAGCCAAAGUCACCAUCAUUAGGAAUGAUCUCCACAGCGACCCGUACCACGGUGACGGUCAGCCCCCUCACCCCGUCACCCCUCAAUGGUUCUAUUGUAGCUAAUGGAAGCCCAGCUACCCAGUCUGCUCACUCUGGAUUUGCUGCAGCCCUACGUAAACUGGCAAAACAGGCCGAAGAACCCAGAGCAGCGUCCUCUAUCAGCAGUGAGUCCUCUCCAGUGUCCUCUCCGGCAACCAACCACAGCUCUCCAGUCAGUACGCCCAAGAGGGGCCCUCUUGGCCCAGCACCUGUCCUGGUUACCCCUGCUGGUCACAGUGUGCCAAACACUCCACCUGUAGUCACCAUUGCUCCAACAAAGACUAGCAACGGCCUGUGGAGGAACGAAGGACGCCAGGCUGACUCAGGGUCUCGUGGGGCCAGCAGGGAACGUCUGGGUGCUGAGGGCACCCUCCCCCAAGAAAAGGGUGGCCCCUCAGUCCCUGCACACCUCCUGGGAAACCCCUAUGCCUUUGGUCUCACCCCUGGUGCUGUCAUGCAGGAUUCACGUUUCCAGCCCCUCAAUCUGCCUCGACAGUUGACCAACGCAGUACCGCCUGGUCCAGUACCAGAAGAGUAUCUCCGUGGUUUCCGGCCCUACGCCACGGCUGAAGAUGCCCUCCGCAUGCCCUCUUUGCCCUUGGGUCUGGACCCCGCGACCGCAGCUGCCGCAGCUGCCUAUUAUCACCCCGGCUACCUGCCCCACCCAUCCUUCGCACCAUACAGGAUGGACGACCCAUUCUGCCUCUCUGCUUUGAGGUCACCUUUCUAUCCGCUGCCAGGAGGGGGAGCUUUACCCCCCAUCCACCCCUCUGCUGUUCACAUGCACCUACCGGGAGUUCGAUUCCCUGGAGAUUUCACUCACCCUUCACUGUCAGCGCUGCAGUCUGAGAGGCUCCAACUGGAGGACGAGCUGCGGCAGAGAGAGAGGGAGCGGGAGAGAGAACGUGAGCGAGAAAAGGAGAGGGAGCGAGAGGCGGAGAGGGAGAAGGAGCGGGAGAGGGAACGAGAACGGGAGCGAGAGAGGGAGCGGGAGAAGGAGCUGGAGAGGGAGCGAGAGAGGGAGCGUGAGAGAGAGCGGGAAAGAGAGAGGGAGAGGGAGAAGGAGAGAGAACGAGAAAAGGAGCUGGAGCGGCAGAAGGAGCGAGCGCUGAGGGAGAAGGAGCUCCUGGCCUCCAAGGCCAUGGAGAGCCACUACCUGGCAGAGCUCCACGCCAUCAGGGGGCAGGAAGACCGGACCAAGCCUGAGAGACUCACCCCCAAUCGGGCUGAUAAAACCAAAGAGCCAGCCCUCCCAGCUCCCAAACCAGUCCCCCCAGGACUCCACUCAUCCAUGGUCCCACCCCAUCAUCAAGUUCCAGGUUUGAUCUCGAGCCACGGUCUGUACCUGGGGCCCGGCUCCGUCGGAGCGGGGCUGCCCGGCGCACUGAACGCUCAGAGAACCCACGAGGAGGAGCGGUGGUUGGCUCGGCAGCGCAAGCUCCGACAGGAGAAGGAAGAUCGGCAGUACCAGGUGUCUGAGUUCCGUCAGCAGGUUCUGGAGCAGCACUUGGACCUGGGCAGACCUGCUGACGCACAAGACCACAGGACCGACUCACACAGAUCCAUACCUAAUCACCACGAACCAGGACCCCGCGACCACCACCCCCACUUAGGUGCCCCUCCACCCCUCAUCUCCCCCAAACCUCCGCAACCACCACGAGAACACCACGCCCCACCGCCCACCACACUGUGGAACCCGGCAUCCCUCAUCGAAACCACCUCAGAUUCCAGACGGAACCACGAGCCCUCAGGGAUGGGACACUAUGACCUCAGUCGGCUGCCCCCGGGGCUCUCUAAAUACGAUGACGGAGGCAGGAGGAGAGAGGGGACAGCGAUGGACAAGUACCCUCCUCUGAGGGGUCCUCAAGGCCUGACAGAGCCCGGCACGUUCCUUGCUGAUCUGGAGAAAUCUGCCCAGUCUUUUUUCAGCCAGCAGAGGUCAUCACUUCCCCUGGUCAGCCAGUAUGAACUGGAGGGGGCUGUGAAGAGCAACGCCGGACUCAAGAGUUUCCAGGGACACCCAGGACACAACAGACAGGGACAAGCACUAGGAAUAAUCGCUGCUCAAGCCGUGGGACAGGGGUCCACACUGGGAAUGGGCCCAGAAACAAUGCUGAUUUAUGACGAGGUCCUUCAGCAGCACCGGAGGCCUGUCAGCAAACUGGACCUGGAGGAGAAGAGGAGGAAGGAGGCCAGAGAAAAAGGUUACUACUAUGAGCUGGACGACUCGUAUGAUGAAAGUGAUGAGGAGGAGGUCAGAGCUCAUCUCAGGAGAGUAGCAGAGCAGCCUCCACUCAAACUGGACGACUCCACUGAGAAACUGGACUUUCUUGGAGUGGUAGGCCUGACUACCGUGGGGCGCCGGGAUGAGGUGGUGCAGCAGAAGAGAAGGAAGAGGAGGAGGAUGCUCAGGGAGCGUAGCCCCUCCCCACCUGCCCUGCAGUCCAAACGUACUCCGCCUCCUCAACUUAGCACGAGAUUCACCCCCGAGGACAUGGACCGAGCACCGGAGCUGGAGGACAAGAAGAGGUUCCUGACUAUGUUCAGACUGUCUCACGUCACUGUGCAGCAGAGAAAAGGGGGACAGGCACCCUAUUUUGGGAACCACCGACCUUCAUUCCUAAGAAUAAAAGAUAAUGAAAGGGUGGUGGAGCUGCUCCAGGCCAUUAAAGAGAAGAGUGUGACCCUGGACACUAUUAGACAUGCUCCUCAUCCUCUGUGUAAGAGCCCUUCAGCGCACAUCCACGAUUCUGCGUUCGCUCAGCCUCCCUCUGAAUCAGAGGACCACAGCAACAUCAGGCCACACAGCCCCCCCUCGCACAGCCCAGCGUCCCCCGGUGGACACCCAAAACCCCUGGGGGAAACAAUAAGACCAAAGGAACCCCCUUCUCCAGCUGUCUACCCAGACAAGGCCCGGGGGCCCAGCGAAGCUCCGAUCCCUAAGAGGAGCUCCAGUCUGCUGAACAGCUUUAGGCCUCCACUCCCUCUUCAGGCCAAGGAGGGUCAUCACAGCGUGAAUGGACGCACCAAACCUUGGGACAGCUUCACCCCGGAGGAGUUUGCUCAGCAGUUCCAUGAGUCUGUGCUGCAGUCCACUCAGAAGGCUCUGCAGAAACACAAAGGUACAUCCUCGGGGAUGUCGGAGUCGUCCCACCUCCCGGAGUCCUCGGUGCACUACAACAUUCCGGAGCUUCAGAACGCGCCGGGUCGACCUCCGCAGAUGCAGUCCCACUCCAACGCUCACCCGUUUCCUCACCCGCUCUCACAUGUACACCCUCAGCCCAACGGGCAGCACUUCUCGGCGCCGUCGCACCAAGAGGCUUCGGGCUCCAGAGACGACCUGUCUGGUCCAGAGGGAUCUGAGGAAGAGGACGAUGAGGACGAAGAGGAGGCUCCUCCACCCAAGUGGCGAGGCAUUGAAUCUAUUUUUGAAGCUUAUCAGGAAUAUGUUGAAGAGCAAAGUCUAGAGCGACAAGUGUUGAGAGACCAGUGUCGAAGACUAGAAGCUCAGAACUACAACCUUAGUCUGACUGCUGAGCAGCUGUCUCACAGCAUGGGGGAGCUGAUGUCCCAGAGACAAAAACUGGCCCUGGAACGAGAGAAGCUACAAGCAGAGCUCGAACACUUCAGGAAGUGUUUGACGCUGCCACAGACACACUGGCCAAGAGGCGGCCAUUACAAAGGUUACCCUCCCAGGUGACCCCAAUACACCCAACUGAAGAAACCCCCGGGCGCUGGCCACCUCCCUUCUAGACUUGACACCCAGAGUUUAUUUUUCACAGCCAUGUCCAGGCGGCCCCUCAGAGGAGAAGGUGGCGGGCGAGAGGAGAUGAAUGGGUGAGUGAAUGGGUGAGUGAAUGGGUAAAUGGGAGACAGGGAGAGAGGGAAGAGCAGGCAGUCUAUGGAUUGUGGUCAGCCAGGGGACUAUGCCACGAGCCACUAACGUGUGCCAACGUAGCCAAGACCAGUAGAGGGCAGCAGAACCUGAGCAUCAACACAAAGCUAUACACCUGCACCUGUUUCCCACUCUUCGUUCAGCCCCUGUUUCCCUCACUGCCACAACUACACAGACAAUCCUGCCAAUGAGAGCUAGCCUGCCCCCCCCCUCCCCCAGCAGGGGGCGACAUUCAAGAGAAUCUCCUAAUGAAGGCUUCAGUCGGGAGUGACAUUCACAGUGGCCACGUGAGCUUUUGAACUGAUAAUGCACUUAAGAAUUUAAAAAAAAAAAGCUGAAGAACUACCUGGUGGUACUGUGUUACAACAAAGAACUGUUCAAAUUAGGGAAGAACUUAGAAAAAUGCACAUUUUUUUGUGGAAAGAAUUAAGGAAAUGUUUUAUUUCGAAAUAGAAAAAUGGAGAAAUAAGAAUUUUUAAAAGGUGCUUCAGCCUUGUAUUGUAUAUAAUAUGAAGACUUAAAAUGAAUUUUUGUAUGUUUUUAUUACUUUAAUCAUGGUUCUUUUCAAAGAAAGCUUGCCAUUUUUAUAUGUUUAUGCUUUUUUGGGUUGGAAAAAAAAAAAAAGAAAAAGCCUUGCUUUUAGUGUUUGUAAGUGCUGCUGGCCAGAACAGUUCAUUCUGAGACAUUUGACAGAGUGAGGGAACACAGGAAACACUCCUCCUCCUCCUCAUUUUCCUCCUCCUUUUCCUGCUCCUUCUCGUCUUCUCACACUCUUCUCCUGACACUGAGCAGCUGAGUGUUGGCCUCAGAACCCAGCUCUUUGUAGAAAUGGUAAAUCCCCUCUGUUAUUUCACACCAACAUUUAUCCGUGUUUAUUUGGACUUUAACCACUCCUUCUGUCCGCUCCACUGCUGCUGGCAGAACAAAUUUAACAGCGUUAUCCAGCAGGAACCAUCAGUUGAUGUCACAUCACAAUUUUUCCACUUUAACAGCUUUUUCAAGACAUAGAAAUGAAAUCUGGUCCAUUAUGAACCUGUAUUUUACUUUGUAUGACAUUACAGUAUGUAGCAUUGGUUCCAAACACACAUUAUAUUAACUACAAAAUUAUUUUCACAGCAUAGUACCAGGAACUUUUAGUACCAUGAACCAUUUCUACCAACCCUUUGGUAUAUCUUUCAGUCAAACGUCUGUUAGGGACUGGUGCAUCAUCAUCAUCAAGGGGAAAAGGUCUAUGGGAAAACACCAUGGAUUUUUAAUUUAGAUAGAACUGUAUUGCAGUUAGGGUUAAGAACCUUCUGGAAAGUACCAUUGGCAAAUACAACCCUGUGGUACCUGUGCAUUAAAGCAUGGGUUUUACUCCUAAAAAUCAAUCAAAAGCUGAAAUUUGAUCAGAUUUCGAUAAGAAUGGUUGAUGGGUGUAGAUGAAUAAUACUUAAUAGUACCCAACACUUUUAGUGUCAAGAAGCACUUUCUUUAUACUAAAUGGUGUACGUCCUGCUUUAACACAAGUCCUACCUCCCAUGCACGGACUACCAACGGGGCUGAACAGCACAAAAGAGUAGACUGUUUUUGGACAAGAAAACAGUAUGGGUACUAUUACUAUGCUCUCUGCACAGUACCAGGAACCACGCUGAGGUACUACAUGGUUCCAACUUUACUACAGUAACCUUUGUUUUCAUGCAGUAAAAUCCAGGAUAGUUGUACCUGUUGACCAGAGACUAUCUUGGAAGGAAAAAACAUGUUCUGUCGCUUCCAUUUAUGUCGCACCUCUUUGAUAGAAAAGCACAUUGUUCCUGCUACUGUGAAAAGUCCCUGGUACUAGUGCCUGCUGAGAAAAAAAAAACAUUAUUUAUAUAUUUUUUGCCGUAUAAGAAAAAGCCCUUAAACGACAGUCAAAAGAAGACACAGUGCCAAAUAAAAUAAAAUAAACACAAAAGAAAUUGUAGCAUUAUGGAUUUGUUUUAUUUUGUUUUAAUUAUUAUUAAGCUGAGUUCCAAUUAGGUAGCCAAACUUCUAAAACCAAACGGCAUGUCGUCCAUUUCUGAACACCUUUGACAAAACAUUUCUUCAUUUGUAAAACCCUCGUCUUUCAAAGUUGCCAUACAUUCUAUAAAAUGUUAAAUCCAAAGUCAAUAGUCACUGAAAUCACUACCGUCCACUCUGCACUGAAAUUCUCUUAGUUUGAAACUAACUUUCCUACCAUUCACUCAGCCUUAUCACAGACUGUAGAGGCCAUUCACGGAGGGAUAACAAUCCCUUUAGUGAGUUGUUUUUGUUUUGUUUUUUAAUGUGCAAAAAGUUAAUUUUUAAAGACUGAAGCACAAAAACUUGCCCAAGCUUAAAUUUCUAUAAGUGCCUCAGGAUUUGGGAGCAUGUGAAUGAAUUUCAAUUUUCAUUCUCCACAUGACUUUUUUUUUUUUCUUAUAUUGACGUGUCAUCUGUUUGUCUCCUUUCAGAAAUGUGCAAGUGAAGAAUGAGUUCAAACUAAUUUCAUACAAGCAUCUAAAAGAAACAAACGGAGAAGAACCAAGAGCGCCACCUAUCAGUUAGUAAUGGAGCACACGAGCUCUGCCAAUCAACUGGGGAAAGAACGUGUAGUACAGUGAGUCCCUCAUUUCCCAGCAUCCCCUGUGUCUCCACUCACGCCCAGGCUUACAGUCACAUGAACUCAGUGGAGGAUGUCUAUCUAGAUGCUGUGAAAUCCUGUUUUUAACGAUGUACUUGUUUGGAUUCGUUGUAAUGUAAUAUAUUCUUUGUUGAAUGUAGUAAUUAGGUAUUUAUGAAUAUAUGGCUGUGAUUUCCAGACAAAAAAGAAAAUAAAAUAUUUGAAAAAGUUA